GAUGUAUUUGACCACAUGCUUAAAUUUAGUGUGGGCAUUAUAGAUACAUGUGGGCCCUGCCCUUCUCUCAGUAUCAGCGCGUCUCAUUUGAGUCAUUUCCUUGGCCAAAAUCCCGAAUUUCAUUUCUCCGACUUUUUCAUUGAUAUUUCUCAUUCUCAUUGUCCCAAAUCUGUCUCUCUCCCAGUUGCAAAACCUCGCCAAAUGCUACCCAUAAACCCUACCUCUCUUUUCUUCCCCUCAAACCCCUAUCCUCUCCUUCCUCUACCUUCCUCCGCCACUACCUCUCACCGCUGCUUUGCAGCCGGCGACUUUCGACUCGGACCCACAUUUCCCAGGUGGUUCCACUUCACAUCCGCUACUGCUGAUGCUGGAAGUAUUCGUAUUGGCCAGGAAUCUGAUGGGGCUGCUUCUGCGCCCGCAGACGGCUCCUCCACCGCUCCUCUGAGGCCGGGAGUUGGGGGUAGUGGCAGCAGCGGUAGCAUUAGGGUGAAUGCAAGAGAAAAGAAGUGGUCGAGAAAUAGAGAGAGCUAUUUGGCUGAUAAUGAAGAUGCUCUUCCUCUCCCUAUGACUUAUCCUGAUUCUAAACCUGUUCCUCCCGAGGAGAUUGAUAAACGGCUACGAUGUGAUCCCGAAAUUCAGGAUUGCAAGGAAGUGGUUUAUGAGUGGACUGGAAAGUGCCGCAGCUGCCAAGGCUCAGGAUAUGUUAGCUAUUAUAAUAAAAGAGGGAAAGAGACAAUCUGCAAGUGUGUACCUUGCCUUGGGAUUGGAUACGUGCAGAAAAUAACAGCUCGCAAGGACAUUGAUGUAAUGGAGGACUUGGAUAAUGGAAAGCCACCCUGACCUGAUAGAGUGUUCUUAUUCCAGGGAGUAUACCGAAUGAUAAUUUGAUGAGUCGUAGUUUUUACAUCUUCCAUGUAAAGCAACCCUUUACAUUUAUAAAGAAUUAAAGAUACAUCCUCAAAAAGCAGAAUCACUUGGACAAGUGACACAAGAAUUUAUUCUUUUCUCGUCUUACCUCUUAUCUUCUGCAACCACAGCUUUGUUCUUCCUUAUCUUUAUGUAUGCCUUCAGAAUCUUUUGUUCAAACGGCUGGCAAGUUGCUUAAGGAAUAAAAGUUAACUUUUACUUUAUCAAACUUUAAA